AUAAGUACUUUUCUCAGUGUGUGAGAUAAAUGAAUGAGACUUUACAUCGAAGUUAAUGUGAUCUCGAGGAUGCUGAAUUAGUUAUGACGCAACUUCGUAUGCGGAGACUUUUCUCUACGACGGAGUCUUUAUGUGGCGGACACGAGAAAGCAUUGAAAGGAGAGUGUUUCUUCUUUCAAUGCAAGACAGUUGUUGGUCUCGCUGGUAUCUUUGUGAUUUAUCGUGUACCGGGUGGGACGAAACGAAGUGCGAAUAAUUAUGCUUCGGUAUGUGUUUGUUCGAGUAACAUCACGCUCCGAAACGAAGGAAAGUGAAAUUUGUCAAAAUCGGGGUGAUUCUCGAGAGAGGGGAGCUCGAACAAUGGCUCAUUUUCGAGGAAAAAUCGUCGCCGCUGAUCCUCGUGAAAAUAUUAAUCGAUUCGGAGAUUCGCGAAGGACGUUGAAGUUUGCGACGUUCGAGUCCAACGAAAUUAAUCAAAAUAACAUUUGUAAUUAACCAAUUUUUUAUUUCACGAAUCGUUGGCGUGGAAUGAAAAACUGGGAAUUGCGGAUCAGGCGGGUAACAGAAUUGCAGAAUUUCUGGAAGUGUUGGAGUUCUUUUUACAUCGUUUCGAUGGACUCCAACGUUGCAAACUCCGGCGUCAUGCGAUUGGAAUGUUUUCUUUGACACGAAACGACUCUCAAAAUUUCAAACGGGAAAUCGAACCCUGAAGAUAUCGAUGCUCCUUCUCGACACGGAAUUGCCCUUGGACGAGGCGAAUAUAUUUAUACACGAUACACGAUUCGUAUACAGUAGCCCAAAACGAGGCAGCCCCCGAGGGAAAAGCGAUUAGUUCGCCUCUUGUCAUUGUCAGUCUCGUUGCUCUCUUCGCGAUCGCUAUCCCAGAACCAGUGGGGAAAGGAAUCUCCCCCUCUCUCUCUCUCUCUUCCUCUUGCUUUUUUACUCUCUUGGAGUUUCGUCUCAUAUCCAGCAGAGAGAUCAGCAACUCCGCUGUCCGAGGUUCGAGAACCCGAGAGAGCUCUCUUUGAGUUUCAGCCUCGUCAGUACAUAGCAGCUACUGUUCGACGAAGGGUGUCCCAAUUUUUGGGAGCUCCGGAGCCCUCGGAGGCAGAGCGUUUUUUAAAAUCACUAAACAAUCGGAUCGGGGGUUAAUCAACCCCCUGAUUUCUCUCGUUAUGCACGAUUCGCAGUUUUUUUUGCUCGCUUAAUCGCUCGAUCAGCUCCAUCCUCCGAGUCGAUUUUUCACCGGUUAAAUGCACGAUUAUUCCGACCGGAAUUUCGCCGCGGGGUACGCUGCUUGUUCGAAAAUAGCGUGGAGAUGAUUCACUGAAACCUCAUGCACGAUCUUCAGCUCACUUUCAAUCGCAUUACUCAAACUUAUUAAACGAAAGAUUAUCAUACACUGGCGAAAUGUGAGAGUGCAUCUUUUCUCGCUGACUCACAUUCGGGCUACCGAAGAAAGACUUUCGAGCUAAACGUACCCAGCCAUGUGGUUGACACUCGUGUGCUUAUCUGUAUAGGGUGGACCGUCAGAAUCGCGUAGACUUUUGCGGUUUCGUGCAUGCUCCAAAGCGAAGAACUGCCAUGAGGAUUUUUUGGUGCAUCGCUCUUUCGUUCGUAGCUUUGACUCCCAACGAGAUCGCCGGAAGUGCCAUCGAAAGGCCGCCUCUUAUCAGCGCCGAAUAUGCGUGCAAACAUAUGAACUCGGGCAAUGGAUGCAGCUUCGAGGACACUCCCUUCAUGGAACGCUCGUGCGGCCGUCUCGCGAGCUUCAUGAUGAUGCUACAGGCUACAAUGAUGACGAGGUGCGACAUCGCCGAUCCGUGUCGGCGGGCUGGCAAGGAUGAGAUCGUCGAAGGCGAAUGGUUUGAUUUUAUAAUCGUGGGUGCAGGGGUCGCGGGUCCUGUAAUAGCCAGACGGCUCGCUGACCACGAGCCUUGGUGGAGAGUUCUGUUGAUCGAGGCUGGACCGGAAGAGCCGACGAUGACUUCGCUGCCCGGUUUUGCUUUCAACGCGAUCGGUACACAUCUCGAUUGGAAUUAUGAGACGGAGCCUACGCAGCCUAAUCCUACUGCGUGCUUAGAGAACGGUGGCCGGUGCAAAUGGCCUCGUGGAAAAAUGGUUUCGGGAACGGGAGGUCUGUACGGCAUGAUGUACGCGCGUGGGCAUCCGGAAAUAUACAACAAGUGGUCUCGCAGCGGGAACAAAGGUUGGUCGUACAGCGAGAUCGAGCAUUACUUCGAGCAUGCGGAGAACCCUGAGAAGCCUGACAUGACUUCGGACCGGAAGUUUGCGCGAGUGGAAAACGGUGGUCCCCUGAAGAUCAAGUAUUUCAAUCACAAGCCCGAAUUUGCGGAGGAAUUAUUGUCAGCGGCGAGAGAAUUGGGCUAUCGGACGUCGAAUUUAGUGGGAAAUAAUCAAACUGGAUUCAUGGUAGCGCCGAUGAUAACGGAGAACGGUCAGCGAGGCACGACUUCUCGGUUCUACCUGAGACCGGUGAUGCACAAAUCGAACAUCAAAGUCUUGACGAACACGAGAGUCACGAGACUGCUCACGGGCCAAUGGGAGAGGCGAAUCAGGUCGGUCGAAGUUGUCGAUAAAAAUGGCAACGUCCGGAUAAUCAAAGCUGACAAAGAGGUCAUUUUGGCUGCGGGAGCAAUCGGCUCGCCUCAAAUUUUGUUGAACAGCGGAAUCGGCCCCGCAAAAGACUCAACGAGGCUUGGAAUAAAAUGUGUUGCCGACCUCCCCGUCGGCAAGAAUCUUCACAACCACGUCUCCGUCGGAAUAAAAAUGAGCAUCCGGGACACCCACUACGAAGCCAUCGGCCAGAACUCGAUGACCGAGUACCUGGCCAAUCGCACGGGCCCCUUAGCCAGCACCGGCUUGACCCAGGUCACCGCUUUCCUCCAAAGCUCGUACGCUACCGCGGGCGUCCCCGACAUACAAGUUUUCUUCGAUGGCUUCGGCUCGAAGUGCACCAUCGGAGGCCAUUCCAAUGAGUGUCCCGGUGGAACGAUCGGCAACUGCCCAGCGAGACGCGAAAUCGUCGCGAGGCCGACUACCGUCAUGGCUAAAUCCAGAGGCGUCUUGAAAUUGAGGUCGAAAAAUCCUCUCGAUUCGCCCCUCAUAUAUCCCAAUUACUUCGAAGAACGCGAAGACAUGAAUAUUCUCAUUGAAGGAAUCAAGAAAGUUGCUGAUUUGACGAAAACUCCGACCAUGAAAAAAUGGGAUCUCCGACUCGAGGGGAUUCCCAUUCCCGCUUGCUCGACUUAUCGUUUCGGGACCGAUGCCUACUGGGAGUGCCUGAUCCGUCAGCAGACAGGUCCGGAGAACCACCAAUCAGGAUCCUGCAAAAUGGGACCGGAGGGCGACGAGUCGGCAGUCGUAGAUCCGGAGCUGCGAGUCCACGGUUUGAGAAACGUGCGAGUCGCCGAUGCUUCGGUAUUCCCAAUUGUUCCUAACGCGAAUCCGGUCGCUGCCAUAGUUAUGGUAGCCGAGAAGGCUUCCGACAUGAUAAUCAAAACUUGGCUUAAUUUACGAUGACAAAAGUCCAGUUGAUUCUCGCCUUCGUUAAUAAACACACUUUGAUUAUCAAAA